UGGUAAUGCCAUUCUACCAAGAUAGGCUUGCAGCCCUGGCUGUUUAUCGAUAAACUGCUCACAUAACCUGCUGCUGCGGCCCAAAGAAUUUAUUUUGUCACCCGGAAAUCAUACCAAUAAGAUGCACAUCACACGCCUCGCCCUGCGCCAGAUUUCGCGCCAAGUGCAGCUGCAUCGCAUGUACAGUGCAGCGGCUCCGGCCGCCGCAGUCUCGGGAGUCGAAAAACUGGUGCCUCCCGCGCCGGAAGGAGCCGCCAAGCCACCCAAUCCCAAACUGGACUCGAUUGUCAACAACAUCGCUGCCCUCAAUCUGCUCGAGGUGGCCGAGCUGACCACCCUGCUCAAACAGAAACUGAACCUGCCCGAGACCGCAUUUGCCCCACAAUUCGCCGCUGGGCCGGCACGUGCUGCUCCCGCCGAGGAUGAGGAGGAGGCGGCGCCCAAGAAGGUACAGACCUCCUUCAAGGUCAAGCUGGUUAAGUUCGACGAGAAGCAGAAGGUGGCGCUGAUCAAGGAGGUGAAAAACCUACUGGAGGGCAUGAACCUGGUCCAGGCCAAAAAGUUCGUUGAAAGCGCACCGACCAUCGUCAAGGAGGACAUCCCCAAGGAGGAGGCCGAGAAGCUCAAGGAGGCUCUGGCCAAGGCGGGUGCCAUCAUCGAGAUCGAGUAGGAGCGGCAACGGUGCCUUUGCCUCGUUUUCCCUUUUUGCGUUUAGCUGCUAGUUACUGUUUUAAUAAAAAGCCAGGCAACAUUUGCUGUAAACUUUA